CAGGAAGGUCACACCACCUCUCACCAUCAUCAGUGCCAAGAACAGACAUAUAUAAAAGUUGAGGUUAAAGAGGAAGAAGAGGAGAUGUCUUUGAUUCAUCAGCAGUCUACGGAGGAAGUUGGGCUGAUGGAAAAAAUUAAACAGGAGGAUCCUUCUUUAUAUAUCAGCAAAGAAGAAGAUCCUGGUGGUCGCACCUCGGAAGGAGAUCUUCUUCUUUUAUCUCCAGAUUGUGAUGCAGAAAAUGACAUUGCACAAUAUUCUCCAGGAGGAAACCUUCUCUCUCAGAUUACCCCCCGCAGACCAUAUCAUGUGGAGACAUCAAUGGAUCUCUCUAAUCCUGAGGAAUCUACUGACCAAUCACAUUCUGUUACUUCAGACGUUAUUAUAACAUCUCACAAUGUAGAUUCAUCAACCAAUCCAUCUAAUCCUGAGGAAUCUUCUCUAAGUCAUGAAGGAGUUCACACGGUUGACAGUUCUUUGUCAUGUUUGGUGUGCGGGAAAUCUUUUACGAUCGAGUCUGAACUUCAUAGACAUCUCAGAUCUCACGCCAGUCCGACCUUUUCAUGUUCCGCGUGCGGGAAAUCUUUCACAGAGGAAAGCAAACUUCUCAUGCACCAGAAAAGUCACACAAAUGAGCGUCCUUUCUCAUGUUCAGACUGUGGGAAAUGUUUUAAAGAGAAAGGGGAGCUUUUUAUGCACCAGAAAGUUCACACAAUUGAGCGCCCUUAUUCAUGUUUAGAGUGCGGGAAAUGUUUUACUAUGAAAAAGAAACUUCUUACACAUCAGAGAAUCCACACCGGUGAGCGCCUGUUUUCAUGUACAGAGUGUGAAAAAUGUUUCACUCAGAAAGGAGAACUUCUUAGGCAUCAGAGAAUUCACACGGGUGAGCGUCCUUAUUCCUGCUCGGAGUGUGGGAAAUGUUUCACUCAGAAGGGAGAGCUUUUUAGGCACCGGAGAAUUCACACGGGUGAACGUCCUUAUUCAUGUUCAGAGUGCGGGAAAUGUUUUACUCAGAAAGGACACCUUCUUUCACAUCAAAGAAUUCACACAGGCGAGCGCCCGUAUUCAUGUUCAGAUUGCGGGAAAUGUUUCACUGUGAAAGGAAGCCUUCUUAGACACCAGAAAAGUCACACAGGUGAGCCUACUUGUUCCAGUUCAGAGUCGGGGAUAUGUCUCACUGUGAAAGGAAUGUUCCUUGCACCCCAGGAAACUUACACAGGCGAUCGUCCUUAUUCAUGUCCAGAGUGCGGUAAAUGUUUUACUAAAAAAGGAAACCUUCUUAGACACCAGAAAAUUCACACUGGCGAGCGUCCUUUUUCAUGUUCAGAGUGCGGGAAAUGUUUCAUUCAAAAAGAAAAACUUUGUAUACACCAAAGAGCUCACACUGGUGAGCGUCCUUUUUCGUGUUCAGAGUGCGGGAAGUGUUUCCCUCAAAAAGGAAAACUACUUAUGCAUCAGAUGAUUCACACAGGCGAGCGUCCCAUGUCGUGUUUCGAAUGCGGUAAAUGUUUUAUUCAGAAAGAGGAGUAUUUCGAACAUAGGAGAAUUCACACAGACAGAGUUCAUGCUCUGAGUGCGGGAAAUGUUUCUUAAAUCAAGGAAAUCUAAUUAGAAAUUUCAGGAAACACACCUGCCCCAGGCUGUUGACAAAUGUACUGUGGCUUUAUUAGGUUAUAUUAUUCAUUCUGUAGAACAAAUGUAUAAUAAUACAUGCAUUUAAAGGGCCACAUCCCAGUUGGCUCAUUCAUCUGCUGACUUCUAUUGUCCAGAAACAUUAGAUCCUCCUCCCUCUUCCGUUCUGUGAAGCCCUCCGAGGUUUGUUAGAGAACCUUAGUGAACAAACUGCAUCAUGAAGGCCAAGGAACACACC